CUUUGAUGUAGAAGAUGCCAAUCGCCUACAAUUGUAUACCCGCUUGAGACCUUGUUGCAGUUGCGACCAGGCAACUCUCUCCAACAUCGCACUCCAAGGAAUAGCUUGUCUUUUAUAGGGACACGGAUAAGAUGACUGUGGUUGCAUGGUUACAUUCGGGUGUGUGACUCUCAGAGCGUCACCUAAUUCCUUCAGUUGGAAUUUUGUAGUGUCGGCGAAUGCCAGAGGCCCUGGCCUUUAUCUAGGUAUGCAGGUUCAGGAUGAAGAGAGUCCACUGGAAUUGCGGCAGCCAUAUGGCCGUCCGGAGGAACUGAGAGGAGGCGGCCGCGAUGACAGCUCAUCAUUAUUCCUGACGUCCUCAGAAGAAAGCAACGCAACAGAGGCUUGGGACGAUGCGCCUGGACCUGCUGGCAACAGCCGAAUGCCUGUCCAGCAGGAUGCCUUGUCAUCGGUUGGCGCGCAGGUUCUUCAAUACAGCUCGUAUCCAACUAUUUUACAUGGAUCCAGCAGCUCUAUCGCCGGUGCCCUGGCAGCGACGUCGGGGACGUCCCUUUCAUCCACGUUGCAACAUCGCGCGCGUCCUCGGCUCUGGCGUCUCUUUCCACGAUGCAUCCGGGCGACAAAUGAAGAGGUCUGCAUCGCCGCUGAGGUCACCUUGGGCGUGGCACCUUCAGAGUGCACUGUCACAGCAGUUAAAGGCAACCGCCCGCUCCCUGUUCGCCUUGACUUCCUGAGCGACCGCCAGGCAACCGGCGAAGACACCGACCAGCCAAAUCGCCAAGCUCGCGGCCCGGGAGCAGCUGCUGCGCGCCGCAACGCUGCAAGGAUAGCCCGCCACAUGCUCCGUCCACAGCGCCCUGACAGCGAGCUGGUCCUCAUGUGGCUAACGCCUGGCACAGCACCGGGAUUAGUUUGGAUUGAGCUUCACGCCCACAUGCCAGUGACAGCUCUUCCGAGCAAUGAUGGGGCUGACCCGUUGCGCGUUGGGGGCAGUCUACCACAUUCUGUGUCAGCAAACAUGCUGCUGUUUGCCCCGGCAGCGCAGCCGCCUGGCGUGGGCGCCGGCUCGGGCGGCAGUGCUAGCUUAAGCGCUGCUGAUGAAGGCAAUUCGGUAUCCCUCAGCGGCCUUGGAGCAGCCGGCGGCUCCCAGACGUUCGGGCUUGCGGUACGACCGCUCCACCAUGCGUUGACAACGCCCUCCCUGUCCCGCACCAGGGUACUGGCGUCAAGAGCAGGAUACCUCCCACCGCGCGCAGCGGAUGCUGCGGCUGCCAGCAGCAGUGGCGGUGCCGCUGAAGGCAAUAACAGCAGCCACAGCUCAGGUGCCGUGUCUUCGGGCCCGCUGUCGCUGGUCAUCGUACCGGAUGCGGAUAUGGAGACUGAGAUUGGCGAGCUGCUGGCACAGCAGCACCAGCAGACCCCGCUGCCGGUGUCAAGCAGCUCGGAGCAGCUGCUGCUGCCUGAGCAAAGUGACCCGCCGUCAGCGUCUCCUGCUGCCGCCGCCGCUGCGGUUGGCAUUGGCGGCCCCGCAUCAGGAUCAGGAGCGACGGUCCUGGCCAGCGACGCUGCCAUUCGCUACCCUGCUGCUGCUCUUACGGGGGGCGCCACAGCGGCUUUGGCGCCCAGCGGGCCUAUGGUGGGUUCCAUGUCCGCCGUCCGCCCUGGUGAGGUGCGGGUGGAGGGGUUGCUGCCGGAGGGAGAGGACGACAGCGAAGAUGCGGGCGCACGCGAGCGGUUCCUGUGGGACUUGGGGGCAUGGCUGGAGGCGGCGGCAGCGCAUGCGGCGGAGCGCGAGGCAGCAGCGGCGCUUACAGCGGCGGCAGGGGCGCUGCAGCAGGUCGAGCCGGCUGCGUUGGCUCCGCCCACGGCUGCCUCCGCGGCCCCUGCCGGGGCCGACACCGGGGCCUCCGCCGCUCUUGGCGGCCCCCCGCAGCGGCAACCUCAGUGGCUGUUCCCGCAAUACCGCCAGUUCCAACACGGGUCCCACUUGCAGGAGCAGCAGCAGCAGCAGGAGUCGCCAGUGCAGCGGCUGGGCCCUAGUGUCUCCGAAAUAGAGGCCGCCAUGGACCCCAUGGACUUGGACAGCAACAACAACGGCGUCCUUGCCCCCCGUAGCGUGCCUGCGUCGCUGCCGGCGCUGCAGUCCACAGCAGCACAAGUCGCGGACCCCUCGCCCGCUGCGCCUGUGCUGCCUCCACUGUCCAUAAUUCCCGACGGUACUGGGCUGUUGGCAAGUACGACAGGAGGAGUCGCUUCACAGCCGCCGCCUCCUUCUCAGCCGCUGCAUCGAUCCGCGUUGGAGCUCCUGGGGUUUGCAUGCAGCCGUGGCUGGGCUGCAACCUCGACCCACAUCGUGUUGGGCCUUAUGGACAUGGGGCACUCCAUGGCGGCCAUUAACGCUGCCGUGCAGGCGGCGCAUGGGUGGUCAGCGCUGCACCUGGCGGCGGCGUCGGGCAGCGCGGAGCUGCUGGCGAUGAUGGCGUUGUGGCGGAGCUACGGGCGGUACGGCGAUAGUACGACGGUUCAGGAGGAAUGGCGGGCGAUGCUAGCUGCGCCGGGACCCGGUGGUCUCACCCCCCUGCACCUAGCGGCGGUCCUGCCGCAACCCGCCACUGCAGCCCUCGACCUGCUGUCGUCCAUGCCUGCGGAGACCCUGUCAACAUGGUUUGGAGCCACCGCGCACGACGGCUGCACCCCGGCGCACUACGCAUCCCGAGCGGGCAAUGCCCACCUGAAUGACCAUGCGCUGCUCUGCCUGGCAACCGGUGCCGCCGCUCUCGGGUACGGCAGCGCGCAGGAUCUGCCUGACGUAAUGUCGUACACGGAAGUAAACACGGAGGCGUUGGGCUUGGCUGCUGCGGAUUUGGAAUCCACGGAUCUGUCUUCUCGAGACGGCAGCGCCAACGGAAGCGGCAACGGAAACGGCAACGGAAACGGCGGUGUCAGCGGAGGCGCCGGUACGGCACUGCCGGAGGUGUCAGCUUCAGUGUCCACGUUGGGGUCGUCGGGUGACGGCGGCGGUGGCGGUGGCGGCGGCGGCAGUCUUCCCCAUGUUGGCGCAUGGCCGCUUUAUGCCGGCAGGAGCGGCUACCACCAUGCAGCAGCCGCGACGACCAGUGCGGCCGCCGCUGAGGCGCUUGCCACGUUUUCGCACUGGGGAAGUCCGAGUACCGGCAGCGGCAGCGGCGCCAGUCGCAUGCUGCCUUUGCAACCCUUUGCAGCGCGAACGGCGGCUCCGUCGACGGCUGGGCAUACAUCUGACACUCAUCGCACUCCCUCGCCCUCUGAUGGCAGCCAUCCGCCGGCGUCACCGCCGCCGCUGCUGGAGCGUGCAGCAGCCGCCACACGGGUCCUGGGUUCUGCUGCGGCUAAUGCCACCGCACGUAGCACCCCUGAGCAGUCCGUAUCGGCAGCCUCCGAAUCCUGGUACCCGCAGCGCCGCGCAACCUGGUUCAACCCAAGCCAGAUGGUGGCUGGGCUGUUGGACCGGGUUGGCUCCCCAGCCGUAUCGACCCGUGGAUCAGAUGAGCUCGCGAUCCCGGCAUGGCCCGGCCUCGCUGCUCCCUCGUUGCAGGGCCAAACCAGCCUGGGUCCAACCAGCGCAGUGCCUGUCGACCCAAGCUCCGAUCUUGCUCCUCCUCAACAACAGCAACUGCCGCCGCGGCCAUUGCAACCGCCAAGUCCCUUUACGGGCCCUGCUUUGGGACCCAUGACGAUAGAACAGGCACGCGAGGCAGCGGUGCGGCUGGCGGCGGCAUCCAUGCGCGCCGUGGCAUCUGCUCCGGAACCAGGGGCGUGGUUGGAGGCGGCCAGCGACAGCAUCGCCGCCGCUGCCGCCGGCGAGCGGGUCAGUCGUAGCGGUCCCCCAGGGGCGACGUCGCGUCUGCUGGCUGGGUUGGCUGCGGACCCUGCUGCUGCCGAGCUGGUUCAGCUGCAGGCGGAGGCACUGCGGCACCGGCAGCUGGUGCAGCUGAGGGUGCAGCAGCAGCUGCGGUUGAUGCAGCCUGCCGGGUACAUGCAGCAGGGGGUGGUCGUUCCCCUGCAGGGGCUGCAGCUGCAGCCGCUGCCGCUGGCGACAUCGCAACAGCCGCCGGAGCAGCAGCAGCAGCAGCGGAAUCCGCUGGUUUCCAUGUCCCAGCAGCCACCCGAGGAGCCGGUGGCAGUGGAGCUGCAUUACCCUGCGCAGCUGCAAAGGUACCAUGAGCCAGAGCAGGCAUUGCAGCAUCAGCACUUACCAGGUCAUCAUCAGCAGCAGCAAGGAACGCCGCUGGAUCUUGGUUUGCUGCCUGCCGUACCCAAUCAGCAGCUCCCGGGGGCUGUGCUGCUGCCAACGCGGCGGGAAGCUGGUGCCGGCGAAGAUGUGGGUAGCCGCGUCAGGACAGACGCGGGGGCAGCCUCGGCACAUGCAGUCCCGGAGGUGCUGCCGGGUGCGCAGGCGCAAGACGCCGCAUCACAGCCGGCGGCCGCAGCCGAGGCAGGGACACAGGGGCCCGCGGGGCGAGCUGCACAUGGGCUGCAGGGUGCGGAUGGGGGCUCAGCGGCGCUGUGGUUGCUGCCUGCGAGGAUGCGGUACGACAACGUUCUGCUUGCGGUGGCGGUGGCGGGACUUGCGGUGGCGCAUGCUGUGUUCCUGCCGCAGCUGAUCCUGCCCGUGGAUCCGUCCUCUUCAGCGGCGCGGCCGGUGUCGGCACUAGCCAUUUGGACCUGCAUGGCGGUGCUCUGGCCGCUGGUAUCGGCCUCAGCCUCAGUCAGGGUUCGUACCUUACGCGCGCCCCACCACCGCUUCAGCCUGGGUGUGUUCUCACAGCUGCUUGGAUCGCUGCUGCAUGCGGCACUUCUACACUACCGCCUUGCAUCGGGUCUUCCUUGCUGUCUGCUGCUUCCGCAUGCACCGCAGCUGCCGCCUGGGGGUGCGAUGAAUGGGCGCAUGCCGGUGUUGGCAGGCGCCGUGUCAGCGGAUGUGAUCACUGCCCUGCUGGUGGGACUAGUGGUGCAAUGGGUGAUUCACGGGCGUGACAGCAGUGCACAGAGGCGUUGAGGCCGCAUGCACCCAUGCGGCCUACCACCUUGGGCGCAUGGGCGCUGAAGGGUACUGAAGGGUACCGGGGGUUUGUACCAGAUGGGUGCUGAGGUGGAGGAGGAGGAGGAGGAGGAGGGAAAGGAGGAAGGAAAAGCGCUUAAAAGGGGGCCACAGGGCUCUCCCGCGAUCUGGUGAGGUAAGUUGAGACAGCGAACGAAAGAAAACCUUGAUGUGGAAUCUAUUUUUCAAGAUCCUACUACUGCGGAUGCGGUGGUUAGUUUGUCACCCUGCGUCGCACGCGUGGUACACAACGUUUGACGACGACGGCAGAUGGGAGCUGCGGUUUUUGAGAGUAGAGGAAGUGGCUUCUUGUGUGUGGUUGUUUGUACAAAACCGUGAUUGGUUUUGCGGUGGUGCUCGUUGUGUUUUUGUUUUGAUUUGUGCUUGUUGUCUCUCGUUUAAUGUUCCUUUUUUGUCCUUUAAGUCAGACGAUUGGAUUAUGUCAGUUCUAACGCCCUAAAACCAUGAACUGGUCUGGGAUACCGAAGAGUGCCGGAUGCCAAGAACAAACAUUGCGGGGGUUGUUACACUUUGGGUCAUAUCCGAUGAUUCUCCGGGAUCUGAUUUCGGCUUUUGUCACGUGAGGUGUUACGUUUGGUGUUGGGAGAGACAAAGCGAGGCCGUGGAGUGUAGCGAACCGCACAAUCUAGCCGGCAAACGUUCGGAACCCUGGGAGAAGGGGUCGCAAGGAGGAGACAAGUAUGGAUGUCUCUGGAGCCUCGUUUCGUCUAAAAAGCGAGGAUGGACGGUUACCUGCUGCGCGAACUGUUUCCUUCGUGUCCUUGAUAUUGUUGCUUGGAUGAGAUGUACCGAAGGGGUCCGAAAGAGCGGUUUGCGCGUAUCUUUGCCCGCUGCUACAGGGGCCUGUUUCCCGGCCCGGCUAUUUGCUGGGCCUGCUAAACUGGCGGGCUGUCAUUACUCUUGACGUCUCUCAGCUCAUCUUGUCCGCAUCUAGGCGGUUGGAAGGGGCACUGUGGUGUGUGCUGCGCCCUGCAAGUGGGAAUGAGAACUGUGGGCCGGCGGUAAUUGCAUUUGAUAGCGGUGUGCGUAACUGUCAGCUAGACAGCUGCCUUCUGGGGGCGCCCUGCAGAUUCUGGAUGGAUUUCUGCUUGCCUGCCUCGGUUUUCUGGGCAUGUGCUUUCUGAAUGCUGGCUUUUAUCUGAAGCCAAUAUAUUGAAGGGUCCGCUUUCAUGCCGGGAGUAAACGUCUUCGUGUUUUGGGUAAACGUGUCAAGUUCAGGGAAGGUCCUGUCCCGUACAAUUACAAAGCCAGAAAGGUUGUCAUGCCCCUUAGUCAGGCUUGGCAGUGGAAGGGAUGCGAGGUGUGACAGGGAGUAAGAGUGUUUAUUGGCAUGCCCGCUGUCCGUGGUAUGUGUUUUGUCAGGCUGCUUCUGUUGUUCGUCAUUUUUCGCCUGCUGCUGCUGCGGUUUUGCAUGCGACAGCAAGCGCGGUAGGUACGCAUGCGCUGUACGGUAAUGAUGUGAGGGUUUCCUGUGUUGUUGUGGCAUGCCAUUGUGGGAGUGUGUUACACUUGUCAAUUGGCCGCAAAACGGAUAGUGGCGAGUUGUUGUUGCUGUAGGAGUGCUGUAGGUGAGUUAGCGACUCAAUCUGGCUGUUGGCUGCUACCGCAAAGGGGCCCCUUGUUGGCCCCUGACAUGCGGACCCAUGUGCACUUGGAUAGGUAGCAAGCGGCUGGUGGGGUGGGGUUUUACUUUUGGAACGCACUUGCGUAUGGCAGGUGGGUGCGGCCUCUUUUGCUGCGAUGGCUGCUGCUAUGGCCGGCAGUGGGGCAGUUGUUGCUUGUACUCUCUGAGGCUGCUUUGGGCCGGGAUAGCGCCUUGGCAUGGAGUGGAUAGAGGUGGAGGAGGCGAGUGUUAGCAAAAGCGGAUAUGGGUGUGGGCGGGUUUGGGAUUGGAUGGGCCGCAAUACCGGUACGCCUAGUAUUCAGGAAGGAUUUGCACUGGCGCGUUCAGGGCGGCGCGGGUUAGGGUUAGGGUCGCGAAGUUCAGGGUUCGGGAACAUUGUGUCAGUGAAUUGGGGAAUGUGUUUGAAGUAAGAGGCGCUAGGGUCUUGGGGGACACACCCUGUGGUGGUUUUGGUGUGGUUUCGGGGCGUCCAAGGUGGGUGCUUGAGGCGACAUGCGGGCGCACAUACGGAGCCGGGGGACAAAACCCGAGACAGUGGAGAGCGCCUACCCGAGUAUCGUGCACAGGCGCAACCGGGUUAUGCGAGGAUGGUGUGCGCUGCGGUUGCCGAUGUGAAGCACCCUUAAGAAGAGUCAAGUGGUCAAGUUUGGCUGGGGAAAUGUAGGGGAGAGGUGGUCAGUAAGCCGUUCCUGGGGGCUUCCUAUGUUGGAGAGAGUGCCGAUUGUGGGAGACACGUAUUUACCACCUGCACCCCCGUCUCCUGCCUGCUCUAGAUCACACAUGCAGAUGAUGCUGUUUGGGGUAGUCCAUUCAUUCCUGAAAUGCGCAGUUUCCCGUGGUUACGAGAGUAUUCGGUUGCUCGGCUAUUUGCUUUGACCCUUGCGAUGGCGUUUGGAACAGGCACUUCGGAAGGAUGGAAUUGCGAUGCGUGUGGUUGUGUUCCAAUGAAGGAGUGACUUUAAAGAGCCCUGGGGCCAUCAUGUCACAUGAUUAGGUGGCCGGCGAUGCUCGAUUAGCUACAUCCUUCUUCCGGAAGCCGGGAUGGAGAUCUGCUGUGUCAUUCUUUCUUGAAUUGGAGAUGUGUCACAUAUGUACCCAUAGCAAUUGCGAAUGGGUGGUGGUUGGGGCAAGGCGGUUAGCACAUGCUAACACGGGUCGUUUUCCACUAUUACUAAGAGGCACGGACUCUUGCGCCGUCCGCAAUUCUUUACGGUUCGCUGUCAUACUUUCACGUGAGGGGGAGGUACCAUUGAAUCCUUUAAUUCCCAAGACGUAACAUGGCCGUUCCGUCAAGCUGCGGCAUUGCGCAGGGCAUUGGUGCGGGUAACUAAACGGGAGCCAGGUUGCGUUUGCAGGCUCAAGCUUACCGAUGCUUUCACUGCUGUCGUUGUUGUUGCUCAGACCGCAUAUGCCCCAAUAAGCCUGGCGUUGGCGUGGCGACAAACGCCUCCUGCCACGUUGCUUGGUUUGGCAGCAACCUUGCUCCUUGUCUUGUAGCCACGUGUGCAAUUUUCCCGAUUUGUGUUGGUUAUAAUGAUUUCGAGUCAUUUCACGAGUGGCGGAGGAGUCGGCGGUGUGCUGGUCACAAUAUGUUGUUGGAAGGGAGCAAGGAAAGAAACGCCUUGUGUGCGGGGCUGCCGACAUCUAUGACGCCGAUAUAUCUAUGUCCCAAGACGUCAAGUGUGUUCCCAGCGUGUGGGUGUGCAGUGUGUGCGUCGCUGGGGCGGCUAGGCUGGGGCGGAAGGUCCUCUGCUGUCUCGGCGCUGAGCUAGCUGUUGCAGGGGUGUUAAGAAAACUGGCCGCGAGUAGGAACGUACGUGCAUGUGUGUGCACGUGAGCAGAAUCCAAUACGUGGACGUUGCCGUCAAGUGUGACAACGUACACGAGUGUAAGUGGUUCACUACUUCGAAAGGAUUUGAAUUGUAACCUUGGGAGUGUUCGUA